AUGUAUUCUAGAUGUGGAAGUAGUGGAUCUAUUCAAAAUAUUCAUCAAACUCCAUCAUCUUCUAAUCAUAAUUCAGAAGACGAAGAUGAUAGUGGCGACAACAAGGCAUCUGCGUUGAGUUUUAAAGAAAGAAGGCGAGAAGCACAUACACAGGCCGAACAAAAAAGAAGAGAUGCCAUUAAAAAAGGCUAUGAUUCCCUACAAGAACUUGUCCCUACUUGUCAACAAACUGAUGCUUCAGGAUACAAGCCAAGCAAAGCUACUGUUCUUCAAAAAUCAAUUGAUUACAUACAAUACCUGUUACAACAACGUAGACGCCAAGAAGAGGAGCGUAAUGCAUUGAGGAAAGAUGUUGUUGCUCUAAGAAUAAUGCAGGCCAAUUAUGAGCAAAUUGUUAAAGCUCAGCAUUCAGUUCCAGGUCACAGUGAACAGAGGCUCACUGAUCAGGAAAAGUUCCAAGUUUUUCAGGGUAUAAUGGAUAAAUUGUUCGAAUCCUUUGAGUCGGUAACGACAAACAACUUUGGUGAAUUUUCUGCGGGUGUCUUCAACUGGCUAGAGGAAUAUUGUAAGCCACAAUCGUUACGGACCUUAGUUCACGGCGUAUUGCGGGAACAAAGUUAUACACCUUGA